AUGUAUAAGUACCUCGGAUCUGAGCUUAUCGUUGUCCAUGACGAUGGAGUCGUAGUUAGAAAGAAGUUGGUCGUAAGUGGACUUGAGAAGAUCGUAGUCUCUCUCAAGCUGUUUUGUUUUCCAACGAGCUCGGCGAUUCUGAAACCAGACAGCCACUUGCCUUGGCUUGAGAGAAUCUACUUGUUCGGUAGUGAGGCGACGCUUCUUUUCAGGCAACUGGUCGUCGUAAAAGUCAUCGUCGUAGAGAUCCUCAGGGGAGCUAAAGAAGGGCCUUCGCUUCGAAGUUUCCUCCAUGGGAAAUUCACCGAAAAGUAA